AUGCCAAAUCAGACAUCCAGUUUACCUACUCUGCAUCUAGCCACCCACCGAGUAUGUGUACCUGGCAACGAAAACCGUUUAUGUCCGGGAAAGAAACCCUUAUGCCCUGGUGGCUGCAAGCCAGGAUUUUGUUUAAAUUCUCAGUGUGUGUGCAACACCCGGCCAGAAAUGUUUCAUUGCAAUCCACAAGUUGAGAGAGAAGCAGAAUUUCAUCGGCAACGCAUCGAGUCUGCAGUCAAACAGCAGAAAAAUUUGGACAGGCAGGCCUUCUUGGCAAGUGAAAGAAAGAGUAUGGGGAUGAGAGAACCUGAUGAGGAAGCAAAGAAGUUGCCAACCUGGUAUAAAACUGAGGAAACACACAGUGGCCAGACUUCUGCUGCGGCUCAACCUCUGGAAGAUUUCAAAUGCCAGAGAACCAUGAGAGCACCUGCCCGUCCAUCCUGCAUGCUGACUGCCACCGAGAUCCAUCCUGCGUAUGAUGAUCUGUCCCAGCUGUCACUGUUCUUGAGGACGUCCACCAUGCCAGGCUAUGGGCCAGGCGGCGUCGUCAGCGAGUACCAAGACACUUACAACAUGGCGGUGUGGGAUGGCAAGAGGGACCUGGACAGACAGCUGUACAAACUUAAACACGACUGGCUAAGUAUCUGGGGAGAGCAGAAUGUCAAAGAUCAGCGAUGGAGAAAAGGCUGGCUGGAAAAAGAUGCCUUAAAGAAAUAA